CAGUAGUUUCUGUGAUAAUGAAUAAACAAAAAAUAAAAACAAAUAGUCCUUAAUAACCUCCGAAUAAAUAAAUCUGUUAUUAGAAUUUUGACAUUGUCCGAAUUAAAAAUGAACCAGGAAAUAAGACAAGAGGUCUUGAAAUUAAUGGAUAAAAAAGAUAAGAUUGAAAAUGAAAUAAAAGAAUUAACUGAUAUUUUACACUCGAAUGGUGUUGAAAUGAAUGAUCCUCUAGUGGACUCUGAAGGGUUUCCAAUCAACUCCAUAGAUAUUUAUCAGGUGAGAUAUGCCCGAAACAAAAUUAUAUGCCUACAAAAUGACCACAAAGCAUUAAUGAAGGCAAUAGAACAAGGUCUUCAUGGUUAUUAUUCUUCUUCCACAACCACUGCUGAUAAUGAUGUAGAAAUGGAAGAAAGAAUUAAUACUCUUGUACAUAAGUUGCCAUUUGCUAAGAUUAAUUUAAUGAGUAAUGAUUCACCAGCACAAUUAUCUGGUUUGAAUUUAGAUGAUGAGAUAGUGGAGUUUGGUUCUAUAAACAAAGCUAAUUUCAAAAGCUUGAGUGAUAUAGCUACAGUAGUUCAACAUUCAGAAGGCAGAUCUGUGAAUGUAAAAGUGAAACGAGGGGAAAGAUAUUUCACAAUUGAACUCAGACCCAAAAAAUGGAAAGGAAAAGGUUUAUUAGGAUGCAACAUUGUUUCUCUUUAAUAAAUUGUUAAUAUAUUUUUUGAAUGAACCUGAAAUAUAUAAAUUAUCAUAAAUA